AUGAGAGGCUUUAGGCAUGGAUAAUAAAACCUGAUUUCGGCGGCGGCCCAGUUAAGCAAAUUUCACUCCGAAAGGCCCAAUUCUAAUCUCGGAACUGGGACUAGGAGACCUCCUUCUGCUCGAGGACGGUAGCUGUUCCCGCCUGAAAAACGAAGAACCCACACAGGGAGUGGGAGUGAGAGAGAUAUGAGCGCGUCGGAUCUGCCAAGGAAGGAGGCCACGGUAUUAAGAGGCCAUGAAGGCGCAGUACUAGCCGCUAGAUUCAACGGAGACGGCAAUUAUUGCCUUAGCUGUGGCAAGGACCGCACCAUUCGUCUAUGGAAUCCCCAUCGUGGAAUCCACAUCAAGACCUAUAAAUCCCAUGGCCGCGAAGUCCGUGACGUCCAUGUCACUUCGGACAAUUCGAAGCUAAUUUCUUGCGGUGGUGACCGGCAAAUCUUUUACUGGGAUGUGGCAACUGGUCGUGUUAUUCGAAAAUUUCGAGGCCAUGAUAGCGAGGUGAAUGCUGUGAAGUUUAAUGAGUAUUCUUCUGUUGUAGUAUCAGCUGGUUAUGAUCAGUCAUUGCGUGCCUGGGAUUGUAGAUCCCACAGUACUGAGCCAAUUCAGAUCAUUGACACAUUUCAAGACAGUGUAAUGUCUGUUUGCUUGACGAAAACUGAGAUGAUCGCUGGAAGUGUUGAUGGUACUGUUAGAACAUUUGAUAUCCGCAUUGGUAGAGAGAUAGUAGAUGACUUGGGACAGCCUGUCAACUGUAUUUCCAUGUCAAAUGAUGGUAACUGUAUACUUGCAAGUUGCCUUGAUUCUACCUUGCGCCUGUUGGACAGAUCAACAGGUGAACUCUUGCAAGAAUAUAAAGGACAUACUUGUAAGUCAUAUAAACUGGAUUGCUGCCUUACCAACACUGAUGCCCAUGUGACUGGUGGAUCUGAGGAUGGUUACAUUUACUUUUGGGAUCUUGUGGAUGCUACUGUUGUGUCAAGUUUCCGCGCUCAUGCCUCAGUGGUAACAAGUGUGAGCUACCACCCAAAGGACAAUUGCAUGAUAACAGCCUCUGUUGAUAGCACCAUCAGGGUUUGGAAGAGUUAGUGACCGUGUGGAGUUGUCCAAGGGUGAAAAUGCUGCUGCAAGGAUCUUACUCCUCUUUGCAUCAGCAUUUUUUACUCUUUGUGGACUGGAUGGUGCACGCUGCACAGCAUCACGCUGUGGGACCAUAUGAGCUCUUAAGAACGAAAGCAAACAAUCUCUCAUGAUGUAUAGAUGCAAUUUCAAGAGAACAUUUGGACGAUUCACUACUCCAUUUCAAUGCAACAGCUGUAUAAAUUCACUUGCUGCCGUGGCUGUUCAUGGGAUGUUUUCUAUCCCAGCAUGCAAAUGCUGACAAAUAUUUUCUGUGUAUCGGGUUGAGGUUAGGAGUUCAAAACAACACCUUUUUAAAUGUUUAUUAAAAAGUUUAGUUAUUAUGAAGUUUCUAUGUUCAAAAUAUAUUUAACUUGUACUGUUUUCUAACGGUAAUGAGUGUGAAUUUUAAGUGACGUGAGAUAAAAAAUAGAAAUUGAUUACGACUUCUCAUUCA